AUUUAAGGAACCGCUGGAAGCUGACUCUGUAAAACACAAGAGGAGCGGAGAGAGUCUAAAGUACGAGAACAUGGAUUUUACACGUGUGCUGUCGCUCCUGGUGGUUUUCUGCGGGGUUUGUGCCGCUGUUGCUCCUCCAGGUAAAGGUCGGGGCUUUGGUGGCUUUCAGGACCCUAAAGACUCUAAUCGUUACAUUGUGGAUGAUGCAGCCGCCGAUACGCUGAGGAGCAACCUCACCACCGUCUUCUACCCAAUCAUCUACAUCAUCGUGUUCGUGGUGGGGCUUCCCGCAAACGGCAUGGCCAUCUGGGUGUUUCUCUUCAGGACCAAGAAGAAGCACCCUUCGUCCAUCUACAUGGCCAACCUGGCUCUGGCCGACCUGCUGUUUGUCAUCUGGAUGCCCCUGAAAAUCGACUACCACUUCAGCGGCAACAACUGGAGCUAUGGAGAGCCGCUGUGCAAGGUGCUGGUGAGCUUCUUCUACGGGAACAUGUACUGCUCGGUUCUGUUCAUCGCCUGCCUCAGUGUGCAGAGGUACUGGGUCGUGGCUCACCCUCUGUCUCAGCAGAGGAAGAACAACAAGCUGGCCAUCGGGGUCUGUGUGGCCAUCUGGGCGUUCAUCUGGCUCACCACCACUCCUCUUUACUUGUACGACCACACAGCAAAGCUCAAAGACCCCAACAUCACCACCUGCCAUGAUGUCACCAUGAUAAAGGACUCAAAGAACCCAUUCGCCUCGGUCCAACUCCCCUUCUACUACUUCGUCUUCAUGGGCAUGGUGGUGUUCCUCGUCCCUUGCGUAGUCAUCAUCGUGGCCUAUAUUAUGCUGCUCAGAGCUCUGGGGAACACUAUGGGGAACAGCAGUGCAGCGAAAAACCGACAAAAAGCCGUGGCGCUGAUUGUUAUCGUCCUGGUCACGUUCGUGGUGUGUUUCAUCCCAAGCAACAUCAUGCUGGUGCUGCAUUACUCUCUGCUAAAGGACGGAGUGGUAAAUAACGGCUACAGCUUCUACACCUCCACGCUGUGUCUGGCCAGCCUGAACAGCUGCCUGGACCCGUUCAUCUACUACUACGUGUCCGAGGAAUUCAGGGAACACGUGAAGAACACUCUGCUGUGUCGCAGCAGCAGGACUGUGGAGAGGAUGAGAGUUUCCUUCAGCUCCAUGAAGUACUCCAACAAGAAGAAGUCAUACAUGUCGAGCACUGGCACCACAGAGAGCAGCACUUGCUAGUGCCAAAACCAGAGAACAGACUUUGAUCAGAUAUCGUGCAUCGUGUCGGUGCUUGCACCAUGUUGCACUGACGUGGUAGCACUGAGACGCAGCACUGUCUACUGAAACUCCACCUGCAUAAACCAGGCAAAGCGUUACGAAACCAAAGAUGGACUCUCACUGUGAAGAUAACCGUGGUGGGAAGAGAGCAAAGUACAAUUUAUGUUGCAUAAUGAACUGCUGCUUGGUGUUAAAAUGUGAAGUAUGUUUUAUUUUUUGUAAUAUAUUCUAUUAUACAUAGUUGUGCCACUCGUGCGAGACACGUCUUUGCUUUUUCCCACGAUUCCGACUGACUGGACCCCUUCCUUGAAGAUCACUGAAAGCAGAUGGCAUCUGUUAUUAAACAGCCACAUUAACCUCAUGUUUAGAGGAAUGGAACGCGAGAAUAUAUCUAGAAAAUGUUUAUUUAAUACUCAUUCCUGUUGCAAGUUUUAUUUUGUGAUUUUAAGCCUCUUGUGCCGAAGCUUUUUUUUAAUAUGAGGAGGAAAGAGGCAGCAUUGUUACACUGUUUGUUUGUUUUUUGUUGUUUUUUUUAAUAAAUGAUAAAACAGCCAGAUAA